UUUUGCUGCCGAUUUGAGCGUUACAAGACUUCCAAGAGCGUUACAAGAAAUCAGAGUAAUUCAGCGUUUCCUAUUCAUUUACCCGCUCAUUUUUAAAAACAAUAAAAUGACUGGAGGUAACCUGUCUGUCAGGGUGUGACCAAUGAAGUGGAGAAAAGAGACGGAGAGUUACAUUUUGUAUAAUAUUGGUACUGCACCUUAAGGAAGUUAGAUAAGGACAACAAACAAAUGAAACAGAAGAGGAUUCGAUUAAGACCCAUUAGUGAUGAAGAAGAGGAAGGAGAAGAGGGAGAAGAAAAAGAAGAUGGGGACAGGAGAAAUAGCCUAAGGAAAAGUAAGAAAAUCAAAUAUAUUGAUGAUUAUGAUGAUGAGGAUGAGAAGGAGGAGGAGGAAGAAGAGGAGGAGGACGAAGAUCAGGAAGGCAAUGAGCAGCCGGGCCCAUCUACCCAGAACACCUAUGACCAGAUGGCACAAGAAAACAGACUGCCUGUAACCUGUGGAGACAAAAAGGGCUUCCUGGAUGUAGAAAAGCUGAGCAGGGGUGAGCAAUGCAUUUUGAGUAAUGGCAGCUGGCUCUCUCCACCUGACUUUGAGGAAUUUGGGGGGAAAGGCUCCAGUAAAAAAUGGAAAGCAAGUAUUUUCCAUGAAGACAAACCUCUGCAGGAUUUAUUUGAUAAAGGGAUAUUAACGACUAAGGGGUUUAAAAGGAGAAGAAGUGAGACUUUAAAGCCAAAGAAAAUCCUGUCAUCAGAUGAGUCAGAGAGCCGCUCUGAAGCGUCAGAAAUACAAUCUGCAGAAGAAACUGAGGAAGAUGAUGUUAAAGAUGACGACUGGCAUCCAGGCAGUGAAGAACUGGAGAGAGAAGAGGGAGAGGAAGAAAGGGUAGGGGCUGAAAAUGGAGGAGAGGUUGUAGACUCAGGAGAUGACAAGAGUAAAGAGGAGGAAGAUAAGAUGGAAAAGGGAGAAAUGGAAGCUGAAGAUAUGCCUGCUGUUACUGAUAAUGACAAUGACAACAAUGAUUUUGAAGAUAGGGGGACAAAUUUGAUCAUUUCAGCAUCUGUGAUAAAUGCAUUGAAGACAGUAAAAAUUGUCAUCCCGAGGCUCCAAGAGGCCAAGACUGAUCGUCAGUUCAGCUGCUCGGAGCAUCCAAAGGAAGUUCAGCUGACCACCAAAGUCAAGGCCAUACGGAUCAGAUACAGACAAGCACUUGAUUCUGGUCGAAAAAGUGGUCACGGGCGAGUAGUCUUGCUCUAUUUUGAGCUCCUGAAGUCCAUUUGGGGAGUAUCCCCUCCAAGAAACGUGAUGUCUCUGGGAGUUGGGACCAGCGACGUGGUGGAGGCUGUGGAACCAGUCGCUGGCUUGCCUGACACUGGGUCUUUGUCCAUGCCUAGUGGGGAGCGAGUUGCAGAGGAUGCUGCAGAGAUGGCGGAGAAUCAAAAACAAAGACUCAGUGCUACUGUGAGUGGCUACAGGAGGGAGAGACUGAGGAGAAAACUUCCCUUGGAUUCGGUUGCACAAGAUCUUCAGCUAAAGAGGCGGCUUCUUCAGCGGUUAGACGCCACUGAGAAUGAAUUUGUACAGAAAAUGGGUCACUGGUCAUCUUUGAUGGAUCGUCUGAACUCGAAUAUUGAGCUGCUGGUGCAGCAUAUUGUGGGUGCAGACGGUUGGUGUAAGUCAUUGGUCGAGGAUGCACAGAGUGAGGAAGAGAGACAACGCAACGGUUCACCAGGUGGCCCCUUCAUCACAGCAGUCAUACACACUGAUCCCCCUCAGGAGUCAGGUGUCCCCCUCAUCAAUGGAGGUAUUAAAGAAGAAAAUGGAGAGGAGUUCAUGUAUAGUGAUGGAAGAACAGAUGGACAGAGAGAAAUCAAAGCAGAAACAGGAAAUUCUUCUAGACCUUUAUCUGCACCAGCUGCCUCAUCCCCAGACAUCAAGCUUGACAUUGUUAGUAAAACUAAAGACAAUGAAUCAGUCAGCAGUCACAAUGCCAACCUCAGUAUUUCCCCUGUGCUGUUACUCCCUGUGACAGACACAAGUUUUGCUGGUGACAUGAUAGCUGACUGGGAGAAAGAAGAUUUUGAAUCGAAGCAUUGUGGAAAAAAGAAAGAAUGGAAGAGAGAAGAGCAUCUCGACACGUCAAGCUGUGAAGUCAGUGUUCAGUCUAUUGCAACUGUAAAUUUCAGAGACAUCAUCUCAAACAGAGCAACCACUCAGCAGGGUAUUAAAGAGGAAAGAAUAGAAGCAAUGAGCCCUUCCACUGAACCUCAGAUUGUGCUGGGUGACUGUCAGUAUGAUAACCCAGGGCACACAGAUGCCACCACCCUUGGCCACGAUGCAACACAAUUACAAGCGAUGAAGCUAGAGAUGAGGGAUUCCCAAACAACACAAGUGUCAGACAGCAUUCACUCAUCAGUGAUGGAGGAGGGUCCGUCCUCUAGGCUCUCUGCUAACAUAAAUCUGGAUACAAUGGACCUUGAUCAGUUAAAGAGAGAGAAAAUAAAAAUGCAGUUGAAAGUAUUAAAAUUACAAGAGGAAUAUUACACUCGGAAACUGGAAGAAUUUAAAAAGUGAAAUUGUUCUCCUGUAAAGUGGUACAAACCUGCAUGGUAAGCAUACAUUCAAGCACAUUGUUUGAGUUGAUUGAUUGAUUAAUGAUAUAUAGGUAUAUGAUUAUGAGAUGGGAAAAAUAACAAUGCAAUCACUCAGGGAUCACAGAGGCUUUACCUAAAGGGAAUGUGGCAGUGCAAGUAUAUGAAAUGAUUUUAAUUGAUUUACAAAAAGCAUUUGAUGCUUUGAUUUUAUAUAUGUAUAUAUAUAUAUAUAUAUGAUACAAUGAUACACAUUGUAUUUGUUAUAUGAAUCUGAUUCUAGUAUAUUACCAAGGUUCUUGGACUCAUCAAUACUGUUUUGUUUACAUAAAGAACCAUGAUGGAAAUUA